AUGCUUUUCAGUAGAGCCGUAAAUGUAUUACUAAGAGCCUAUAAACGAUGUCCGUACAAUGAAGUUUUGACCGUUUGUAAAAUUCGCUUGUGUACAUUUGAAGCACCAUUCAACGUUAUACAGUGUUCCGCUAGACCAAGUGUUUUUCUAGAUCCGUCAGAGUUUUUAGUUUCAGCUAGAAAGCCCUUGUACAAGGCAGUUAUAUUUGAUAAAGAUGGAACUAUUGUUUGCUUUAACUCAAUGUGGAUGCCUUGGGCAAGAACCAUCGCAAAAAACAUUUCUAGUGACAUAGCUCAGGACAUGAAUUCUGAGAUAUUGACUACUCUUGGGUGCUGCCCGAAAAAUCACAUUAUCAAUCCAGGUGUUUUAGCUGAAGGUACUGAAGAACAAAUAAUAAUUGCUCUAACAAACUUGUUAGUUUCCCAUGGCGUCACAAAAAGCAUGGCUCAGUCCACUGUGUUUAAACAUAUAAAAGCGUUAUCACUUUCACCUGAGCACGUUGUUCCGUUGGCCGAUAUAAAAAGCAUGAUAACUACAUUGAGACAACACUCAAUCAAGACAGCUAUUUGCACAUCCGACAGUCGCAAAGGGACAAUACAAGCUCUGGAAGUUUUAGGUGUUUUACACCUAUUAGAUGUCAUUGUUUGCGGUGAUGACCCUGAUAGACCUCCAAAACCUCAUCCAGAUAACGCGAAAUUCAUAUGUGAAAAACUUCAUGUAUCACCUGAAGAAACGGUUAUGGUAGGAGAUACCUCGACGGAUAUUGCUUUCGCAAAAAAUGCUAAUCUAGGUUUGUGUAUUGGUGUUUUAAGUGGGAUCGGUCAACAAAGUGGUUUGGAAGCAACUUGGCAUAAGUAUUCUGAAAUUGAGGGCAAAAACAAUUUAAAUGGAUCUAAAUCAUACAAUUUAAAAUCUAAAUUACAUAUUGUACCAUCUGUGGGCCAUAUAUUGCCACUCGUACUGCCUGAUCUCAAUCAACCGAUCAGACAGGUUUUACUUAGUAAAAACAGGUUAUAUCAAAAGCUGUCAAAUCAAAAGUUUAAACUGGUUAUUAUUGACAAAGAUGGGAGUUUUAUCAACGUACAUCCCCGUUGGGCUGAAUGGUGCGAGAAAGUUUGCAUGAGAUUAGGAGAAAAAGUGUCUCCUGAUCUAGCAUGUACAUUUUCAAACAUACUGGGUUACUCUUUCGAAACACGUAAAAUAUCUAAUGGUAUUUUAUCUGAAGGAUCUAUGGUGUUUAUUGAAGAGUGUCUACGGCACUUGCUCAUACUGAAAGGUUACGGAGUCAAGGAGUCUGAUGAGAUAGUAAAUCAGAUAUGGGUCUGUCCAAGCUCUAUACCUGGUAUAACUAUAUCAGAUACAAUUGAAACGGUUAAAAAACUCCGGGAAAUCGGUCUACGAGUAGCUAUAAAUAGCUCGGACAGUCGAAAAGCCUGCGACGAUUUCUUGUUGAGCGUAAAAUUGUACGACUACAUAGAUACUACGAUGUCAGCAGAAGAUGCCGGUUGUCAUCCAAAACCUUUGCCACAUACUGUGAUUCAAAUUAUUGACAAAGCUGGAUGUAAACCUGAAGAAACAGUCAUUGUCGGUGAUACACCUGCAGACGUAAUCUCUGGUCGGUCAGCCAAGGUUGGUCUUACUGUUGGACUGUUGUCUGGAUUUUCAUCAGCAACCGAUCUAAUCCCCUACUCAGACCUAAUUUUACCAAACUUAUCUCAUCUCCCCGAUCUAUUCAUUGAUUAA